AUGUCUAUAUUUCCCGAACCACCAAAACCUAACAAUGAUAAUGAAAAUUUUCUCAAAGAAUGGAAUAAAGUUCCUUUAUUCAUGACUGAAUUACCUGAAGAAGAAGAAGAAAGUGAAACUUUGGCUGCUUUACAAUCUUUAAUGUACGAAGGUUCCCCUGAAGCAUUAGAAGAAUCAAAAUGUCAAGAUAAUAAAAUUCUUGAAGAUUGUUUAACUAAUAGAGCUGCGGUAAAUUUGGAAUUACGUGCGUA